UCUGGGGAGAGGGGAAUUGAAAAGGGAAAGCAUCUCUGAGGAGGGCAGAGAGGGAGGGAGGCCUUGCGGCAUGCACACACACACACACACACACACACACACAGCCGCCCUGACUUAGCCUAAGCCUCAGUCUGGAGAGCAGCAUCUUCUCUCGGCUCCCGAAGCGGCUUUCUGUUGCUUCCCCGCCCAUCCGUGCUGUCAGCAGCACCAGCAAAGUUGACCUCGAACUUGAGCGGAACUGAAGUCUCCGGCUCCCAGGAGCUCUGCUGGGCAGCAGGCGGGACCCAGACUCUGAACUCUGUUGGCCUGGAGAAGCCGACCCUCCCGAUCUACAGCUGGCCCGUGCUCCCUGGGGACACUUCUGCCUCUGACCUGCAGGCCCCCAGGCUGGGCUGAGGAAUGGUGCGCUGAGUCCCUCCGGAACCCCCUUAUCACAGCCUGGAACCGAAGCAGCCCAAGGCCCAAGCCGACAUGGCCAACCCCGUGCAGCCUCAGUUUUCCCCCAUGCGGGAACCUGGCACCGCCUCACCCCCGGACCUGCCCGAGAUGGAGAUGCUUCUCACCAAGGUGGGGGACAAGGAUGACAAGCCCCCGAAGCUGUCCAAGUCCCUGUCAGGGGCUCUGGACCUGGAGCAGAAUGGCCAUGGCCUGCCCUUCAAGGCGGCGCCCGGGGGGCGCCAGGAGGCUUCACUCCCCCGGUCGCCCUCUCGCGCCAGCUCCAGACGAGCGUCCUCCGUUGCCACCACCUCCUAUGCCCAGGACCAAGAAGUCCCCAGAGAUUACCUUAUCCUGGCCAUCGCCUCCUGCUUCUGCCCCGUCUGGCCCCUCAACCUCAUCCCCCUCAUCUUUUCUAUCAUGUCUCGAGGUAGCGUGCAACAGGGGGACCUGGACGGGGCCCGGAGGCUGGGCCGCCUGGCCCGGAUGCUCAGCAUCAGCUUCAUCAUCAUAGGGAUCAUCAUCAUCAUUGUGGCCGUGACUGUCAACUUUGCAGUUCAGAAGAAAUAGAAGGAACCAGGCCUCUGCGCUAGCAGAGCGAACCAGCUGGAGUGCUCCCAACCCACACCCCACAUACCGCGGAGGACAGGAUGUGAGUGCCAAGGACCCACCUGUCCCCAAGUUCCAAAAGCACACUCUUGGAAGGAAACUCCCAAGUCACUCCAUCAUCUGUCCAUAUCAGAUGGGAAAAGCCAGAGGAAGGAAGGAAGGAAAAUUUACUGUGAAACCGCUGAGAAAUGUGUCUAACCUCAUGGACACAGCCCGACGCUCUGACUCCAGCAUUCUGGCUUUUCCUCAUCCCCACACUUUCCUGGUACCUACUGAGUAGCACAUACUGCCUGGGCAGGAGAAACCAGCCCCAUGAACAAACAGGUGAACUGCAGUGGGGAGCAGGGCAGCACGCUCCCUGCAUGACCAGGAGCAAAGACGUGGGACUUUCUUUAUCUUUGUAUUUUCCUGGAGGAAGGGUAAGAAGGACUGUUUGCAUGCCUUGUGCCACACGCCUGCUGCCAUCCCAGCUGCGCCCUCACCGCAGAAGCCGAGAGCCGGAGCUGACACUCAGCACGUGCCCUGGGACCUCUGGCACACAGACGUGCAGCUGCCCUGGAAGGAGGCGAGGGCCACACCUAAAUCCCGCAUUGCAGGGUGGAGGCGGCCAGAGGAUUGCUGGUGAAGAGGGGAACCGGGACAGUUCGGCCCAUGGACCACCUCCCAAACUUUUCAGCCUUGGGAGCGUCUCUGCCAAGAACUACAACCCCGGGGAGUCUCCCAGGAUGACCCAGCCCACCUUUUCCUCCCUCCCUGUGCGGUAGUCUGGAGCACCAACCAAGAACUCCUAGGGCCCUAACCUGCCCUGCCCUCCCCUCCCCUGCCAUUGGCCAGUGAGGACCCAGGGUCCUGAGCUCUCUCCUGGCAUGGUCUGGGGUCCAAACUUGGGGCCCCAUGCAGAGCGGCUCAGAUGGCCCCCAGCCCAGCCUCACCUGAUGCUCUGAGCCUCACCCUGCGCUCCUGGCCUCUGCAAACAGCAGGGGCUUUCCCUGGAGCAGGCUUUGGGAUCAGCCCUGGGACGCUUCCCCUGGGCUCCCAGGCCAUUAGCAGUGUUUGUGCUCCUGUAGGGAAGUGGGCCAGAUGGGUUUCAUGAAAGUUUAUUGUUUCUCGGUCUAGAGGAUUCCAAGACUGAGGGAAGAGCUUGGCUGAAGGAUCCAGUGUGGGGGAGCGGGAGGGGCCCCAGGUUUGGGAAUACACCCACCUGUGGGAGGCGGGACUGGACACCAUGGCUUCUGUCUAAGGACCUAAUGGGAUGCCUGAAAGGACCGAGCAGGGCCCUGGGCCUCCCGACUGGCUUCUGGCCCCAGACUCUGCCCCAACUUCUCUCUGGUACAGGCUCCGUCCACAGGGCCUCCCUGUGCCCACCUUCCCCGUUGGUUUGGCUCCCAGACUCUCGAAGGGCUGCUCCAGGCUUCCCCGCCCCUGGAGGCCCUGCCCAGCAGUUGAGGUUGCUGCGCUCAGCGGCAGGGCAGGUUCCCAGCCCCGGGCAGACUGGCCCCAGGUUGGCUGAGCAUGUUUCCCCCUUGGGGUCCCUACUAGUCUCUCCCACCUUCUGCGUAGGCCCCUGGGAGGGUGUCUGUUAGCACUGAGCCUCUGUCUGCCAGGCACUCCAUGUCCUCAGUGCAGUCCAAGCCUCAGCGACCACCAGGAGGGGAGGGGAGCAGAGGGAUCCCUCUGGGGCAGGCUCUCCUGAGUCAGUGCCCCGCC